AUGAUGUCAGCGCCCAACUACUCGAGCUCACACCCAGCGGUUUUCAUCUUGGUUGGCAUACCUGGCAUGGAGAAAUCUCACAUCUGGAUCUCCAUCCCAUUCUGUCUGAUGUACAUUGUCGCCCUUCUAGGAAACUCUGUCCUGCUGGUCACCAUCGUGAAGGAGCGAAGCCUCCAUGAGCCCAUGUACAUCCUCCUGUGCAUGCUGGCAGUGUGCGACUUGCUGUUAUCCACUGCCACUGUGCCCAAAACCCUCGGUGUCCUCUGGUCUAUCUCCACCAAGAUCUCUUUCAGUGGCUGCCUGGCGCAGAUGUUCUCCAUCUAUUUCAUUUUUGUGGCAGAGUCAGCCAUCUUACUGGCGAUGGCCUUCGAUCGGUACAUUGCCAUUUGUGACCCGCUGCGGUACAGGGCCACCCUGACGUGCUCUGCCAUUGCGAAAGUUGGUGCGGCGGCUUUAAUCAGGAGUUUCUGCAUCAUGUUCCCUGCCAUCUUCCUCCUCAAGCGGCUGCCCUACUGCGGACACAACAUCAUGCCGCAUACCUACUGUGAGCACAUCGGCGUGGCCCGGUUGGCCUGUGCCGACAUCACCAUCAACAUUUGGUACGGGGUAACAGUUGCCUUCCUCUCGGCUGGCUUGGAUGUCAUAUCCAUCACGAUCUCCUACAUGCUGAUCCUGAGGUCCCUCCGGGGGCUGCCAUCCCCACGCGCCUCCCCCAAGGCUCUACAAACCUGUGGCUCCCACCUCUGCGUCAUUGCCAUGUUUUACACACCGGCCUUCUUCUCCUUUCUAGCACACCGAUUUGGUCAGCACAUUCCUCGACAUGUCCUCAUCUCCCUGGCCAAUCUCUACGUUGUUGUACCACCCAUGCUCAACCCUAUCGUGUACGGAGUGAGAACAAGGAACAUCCGAGAGCGAGUGGCCCGCCUGCUCUUGCCAGGGGGCUCAGGCAUAAGGACAUAG